AUGGAUGUACAGUCGGAGAGUAGCGAACCCUCGCCAUGCGAGCCCCAGCCUCCUGGAAAAAUCAGAAAAGCCUUCAAGCUGUUUGGGAAGCGCAAGCCAGGCAGCAUCUUCUCCAUACGUGGCAAAGGCGAGGGGAACAACAAGUCACCUAUCACCAGGAGCAAGACAGUGGACGGAUUAACGGAGUCCGUGGCAGCAGAGUCGGAGCUGGAGAAGGACAAGGAGCCGGAGAAGGAGCAGGAACCAGAGGUGAGUCAGAGAGAGGAGCAGGAACCAGAGGAGGAGCCCCUGGGUGAUAAUGGAAAUCCCUCCAUCCCUUCUGCCGACCUUCCCUCCAUCUCCUCCAUGACCUCCGCCAAAUCCCUUAGCUUCCUGAUGAAGCUGCAGCGCAGCCGACAAGGAGGAGUAGACCGGAGGUUCCGUACAGAGUCUCAGCCAACAAUACGCCAGCGUCGUGGCUUGAAAGGGAUCUUCGGCAGUAUGGGAAGGAACCAGCGAGAGGAGGCCAGCGACGAGGCCGAUACCCCUCCGAGCCCUCUCCUCAUGUCGUCCUGUACAAACAGCAUGGAGAUCAUCAAGGAGGACAUGACUUUGACCCCCAGACCUGCGCCUCACAGCCUGGAUGUCCCAGAACCUGAGUCUGGACAAGAGUCCCCUGUUUCAUCCAAGAGCCCCACAGUGCAGGAGAGCUCAGCCUCUGUCCCACCAGAGACAACGGCUCUCUCAGCGGCUACAUACAAUGUCACUGGAUCUAAUGAGGAUGUAGCGUCGCCUCUGCCCACCACUGAACCACCACUGUUGGAUCCUGCUGUGGAUCGUCUGAGGUCGCUGCUUGCAGACAUCUCCUCUCUGAUAAGCUUCGACUCGCUGACCGGAUGUGGAGACAUCACUGCUGAAGUGGAGGCAGAUUGUAACGUCAUCCCCACCUCCUGCUCCAAUGGUAACCUCACCCCCACCUCCAGCCCCUGUAGUAACCUCAUCCCCACCUCCUGCUCCAGUGGUAACCUCAUCCCCACCUCCAGCCCCUAUAGUAACCUCAUCCCCACCUCCUGCUCCAGUGGUAACUUCAUCCCCACCUCCUGCUCCAGUAGUAACCUCAUCCCCACCUGCUCCAGUAGUAACCUCAUCCCCACCUGCUCCAGUAGUAACCUCAUCCCCACCUGCUCCAGUAGUAACCUCAUCCAAGCCAGCUCCUUCCCUUCCUCUAUGCCCUCUCCUGUUCUCACACCUCUCCCUCUGCAGGGUACACCCCUUGCCUCUGCUCAGGUGAAGGGUUGUGAGCGUAGGGCCUCUCUGAAUAGAGGAGAGGACAUGACGAGUCCAAACGGUAUGGAUGUGCGGGGUGCCUGGAAAAAUUCACCCAAGAGAGAAGAGAAACGUCAUGUUACACAGAAUGAGAUACACAUGGUCCCCCAGGGCCCCCCCACAGAGAAGAAGACGCGCCCAAUGAGGGCAGCAGGGCUCAGUAAGAUCCCUGUCUGCGGUGGAGGCAGGACGGGCAAGUUGCUACUCCGUGAGAGUCAGCCCACUGACCACAAGGGGUGCUGGGACCCACCUAUUACAGGGCUGGAAGAGGGGAAUCAACCCCCUAGCUUACGGCACGGAGUCAGCAAGGACACAAUUAGUAACUUCUCUGCUGAAGCCGAAGUUGAGGCCAGCCUGUCCCCUGUAAAACAUAGCCCGGAGGAGAGUCGCCAGCUCCGGCAACCCACAGUCUACAGGGGUAUACCACGUGACUCCAAGAUACCUGUCAAGCUGGGAGUCCAGUGCAAUAUCCCUGUCCCCCAAGGAGCUAAGGAUCUCCCGCGCUCCAAGAUACCUUUGUCCAAGGUUCCUGUCCGCAGGAUUGGCAAUAAGCUCACAGCCACCACAGCUGCCAGCACUCAAAUCAGAAAAUAA